UUCCAUCCUCCAUUGCCCAUUGCUCGAUUAGGAUAUCUCCUUUGCAUCCCAGCUUCCAUGGUGCAUCGCGGCAAGCUCAGUGCUGCCUGCGGUCCGUGCCGAAGUCGUCGACUUAAGUGCGACCACAAAAGACCAUCCUGCUCCCAGUGUAUCCGGGCUAAGAGAGAAUGUUCGGGCUACCGCGACAUCUCCUCCAGGAGAUUCUUCGACCAGACUGAGGAGGUGAAGAGGAAGAACUCGCCUUCCUUUUCGUCGUCUUCAUCUCCGUCGACUGCGUCUGCACUCACUUCUUCCUCUCACAGCUCGCAAUUGCCUCCACGGCAACAAAUAUCGAGCCCGUCCAAUCCUUGCUUACAGCAUCAGGUCUCCAUCCCACUCAGAGACCAGGGUGCCGCCUUUGCGCUGUCGCGUUACCUCAACCGGUCGGUAGGAAACGGCCUACCGUCCAUCCUGAACACUCCGUCUGCAAGAGCAGCUACUGCCAGCAUCAAUGCCGUGGGACUAGCGGCGCUGUCUAAUAUCCACCAGUCUCCGCAGCUGAUGUUCACUGCACGUCAAGAAUAUGGUUCGGCUCUGGCGGAGACAAAUGCUGCUCUAAGCGACCCAAGGCAGGCCACUUCAGACGCCAGUCUGAUAGCAGUGACUUUUUUGGGCAUUUUUGAGAUCAUGGUUUGUGACGGCACAUCUCUGAUGGGGAAAUUCGUGAAGCAUAUGGACGGGUGCUCCAGAAUCAUCCAGCUGCGCGGCUCCCAGCAGCUCGAAGACCCCAUCGGGGUGGGCUUGUUUACUCUAUCUCGCAGGAACAUUGUUCUUGGCAACUUCUGGCUGAAACGAUCUACGCCUCCGUGGCUUGUGCAAUGGUCCCAUGAAGCCUUUCCUUACCGUCAUGAAGGCGACGACAUGGGAACGGACGAUGCUCUUUUCCUGCUGAUGUCACGGGUCGGUGAUCUAUGUGCUAGCUUGAAGAACGGUGUGCUUAUAGAGCCGGCCAAGUUAGUGAAGAGGGCUUUAAAACUCGAUGCUGAGCUUGCUGCCUGGGCAAAGUCCUUUAAGCUUACCCGCGACUACACCGUAGUCACCGUCCCGGAGCCUGUGGGUGAGAUCACUGGCCAUGGCAAGAAUAUUUCACCCUUUCGACACAUCUACAGCAAUCAUUACCAUAUAUAUCCAGAUACAGUAAUCUCAGCGUGCUGGAACGAUUACCGGUUCGUACACCUUCUUCUUUUAGGAGUUCUGGGCUGGAUUGCUGGUCACCUUUCAGACAAAGAAGAGAUCGAUGCCACUCGCAGAAGCGAGUACCGAGAAACAGUUGGAUACAGUACGAUGCUCUCUCAGCAACUGAGCGACGAUGUGUGCGCUAGCGUGCCCUAUCAUUUCGGGGCUACCGAGACAUCCUUUCAAGAAGAUUGGAGUAGUAGCCGGACUGGAGGCAUGAUUCGGUUAUUAUGGCCGCUUUUCCUUGCAGCUGAGCGAGAUGCGGUGACACAGGAGACAAGAGACUGGAUCGCGAAUACGCUCUUCAAGAUCGGGUAUGGGGCUGGGAUUCGCCAGGCGCUUGUCAUGUCGAACCUCUUGCGCUCGGGGAGUCCUUUAUCCUGGCUUCCUGAGCUUGCACGAAUGGAGUCAUAG